AUCGCCCACUCGGCGCGGACACAAUCAUCACUAGUGCGUUGGGGCUGCGCUAGGCAGAACGUACAUCAAAAUGAAGUCGAUUUUGAUACUCUUUGUUUGUGUAGCGGCUUGCCGCGCCGACGAUUUGGCUCAUGCUGCUGGGCAAAUCUUCAACAGCAUCUUGCCCAACCUGAUCUCUAACUCCGUGACUGGACAGCAAGGGAACACAGCUCAGAACACAAUCCAGCAGAUAGGCACCGUCGUCGGCGGCGUAGUCGACUACGCUAAGAAGAAGAGUUACGAAGACAUGCUGAAGCAGGUGCAAGACUCCACGACUGAUGAGGACCUCCUUAAAAUAAGCGAGGAAAUGUUCAACGCGGAUAUAAACAAUGCUUUCAACUACAUUCAAGUUAACUUGCAAGGCAAAACAACUCCUAUGUCCAGAAAUGACGAGGCGCCAUCAAGUCUUUUGAACGUACCCGAGAAUGUAUGGAACGGACCAACAAUACGGCCAUUUGUUGCCCUCUUCGACAACUAUCAUAAGAACGUAAUUCGGCCUGAAUUCGUCACGCCCAAUGAAGAAACGGAACAAGUCACUUAUAUCAAUACUAUACUUGCAACGGGACCGAUCAGAACUCUCAUGAAUUUCUUAGUCAGUAAAGGUUUGACGCAAAUGAACGAGUAUAAUGAACAAGUGGAGUUAUUGAAGAAAAUUUGGUUCACUAAGUACGCUCGCCACUGGACCGGCCUGUGCAAGUGCAGUUGCGCUUUCGAAAAUAUAUUCAUGGCUGAACUCAAAUCCGAUACAGUUUUGGGUUUGCACAGCUGGCUGUUCUUCGCUAAACGCGAGUUAGAUCGCAAGGCUAACUACCUGGGACACAUCGAUAAACUUGACCUCUCUGGAAAAGGACUGAUCCUGAAGCAGCACGCUGUCCUGAGCGACACGAAGGACGCCCCCGAGGUGAACAUGUUCGUGGGCACGUCGCCCGAGCUGGAGACCGCGCUGUACACGCUGUGCUUCAUGGCGCGCCCCGACAGGCCGUGCAAGCUGCGGUACAACAACGUCGGCUUCACCAUACAAACCAAGACGCUCAAAUCCGACAACGUGUUGCUCAUCGACACUGCUUACCCCUUGUGGUGAUGGCGUAUGUGAUUGUAGUUUUCAUUUUUAUAGGUAAGGCAACAAGGUCUGAUGUUAACAAUUUGUAAUAAUUUAUAGUUUAUGAGUGGGAAUAACGUUUCAAAUCAUAAACUAAUACCGUUACCAACCAAAUCUUUUAGUUACGAAACACACGCUCUCUGUAAUCACAAAGAUAAUACAAAUAAAUUAUUUUAAUUAACAA